UGGAGGAAAAAAAGACAAUUGGAAAAAAGGGGGUUGCCCUUUAUACAAAAUUAACGUUUUAGAAAAUAAUGAAUGAAAAAAUAUCCUCGGAAGCUGGCGCUGAAUCAGUAAUGCUGCAGCUCACUGCCCACAUCUUUGCUCACUUCUCCUAAACUGAAGUCUUAACUGUCUGGAACUGUUUUUCAAUAUUUGCUGCAUUACCUCCAUGGACACUGCUUGGACCUUAUUGUAAAGAACUAUCUUCUAUAUAUAUGGACAGUAAAGAAAUCUAAUGCAUUUCCCUCCUGCACAUUCAUACACUCUGUGUCUGGUGCAUCCAAUUCAGUCUUUAACUUGUGAUGGCAGUGCAAGACCCCGGCAGGACAACAGGUUUUCCUUGCAAACAAUGUGGCCUGGUAUGUCCCAAUAUGCCCAGUCUGCUCGAGCACAUGGAUGCUCACCUUCAACAAGAGGAAGACCGCAAAUUUAAAUGUGAUGAAUGUGGACGUGGUUAUAGGCAUGCUGGAAGCCUAGCUAACCACAAAAAGACUCACGAGGUGGGUUCUUUCCAAUGUAACAUCUGUGGUAAAGAAAACUCAAAUGCCUUGUCCCUGAAAAGUCACCUCCGGAGCCACACGUCACAGAAAAAGUACUCCUGUGCUGAAUGUGGGAAAGCUUUUCGUCUGGCAACACAGCUGGCCACACAUGAGAGGGUUCAUCUUGCCAGGCGAGCAAAGGAGCAGUCAUACAGGAAAGUAGAUGUGGAAUAUCUCACACAUGAAGACGGACGUGAAAUUGAAAAUGAUCACCCACAUCAUCUCAGUGAACAGUCGUUCGGUGUUGGGAUUUCUACAGAAAGUAGCCCAGCUGAGUACAAGCCAGAGGUUGUUUAUAAUGCACAAGCUGAGCCCUCUGAUGAUGCAGCAAAUCGACCUUUCAGGUGUGAUUUGUGUGACAAAUCAUACAUACACCAUCGGAGCCUGACCAAUCAUAAAAAGACUCACCAAGUGGGAAUGUUUGAGUGCACAGUGUGUUUCAAACUCUUCAAUAACAUGGCUGCCCUUUACAGCCACCAGAGAACUCACAAGGCAAGAAGUGGGGCGGACCCGAAUUCAAUGGGUGGGUCAUACACAGACACACCAAUGGACCAGUUUUCACCUCAGAGCCAGGACGCUCCAGUUAAUUUCUGCCAUUUGUGUCAGGUACUAUUCCCCAGUGAUGAAGAGUUCCAGGAACACAUCCAAAUGCAUAAUUCUUCAUCAAUGUCAUUUGGGCUUCAAGAUACUUUGUCAGAGAACCACAAUAUAACAUUUGACAACAGUAUUGCUUCGCCUGAGUCAAAUUUUUAUGCAUCUCCUAUAAAUAAUGUUCCCUCAGUAUCAUCCAUAGAUAAUCACGGAGGCUUUGAUCAGCCACAGGAGCAGAUGAGAAGUAAUGGUCAUGUGUACUCAGACUGUUCCAAUAAUCAGACACCACCUUCCAAUAGCACUCAGGGAGAACCCCCAGUCAUGGACACAAGCACUCUGAACCCUACCCUCACCCUGGACACUGACAAUGCAACUGAAACUGAGGAGACGUCAACUGUAGAUUCUGACGAGCGUCCCUUCAAGUGUCAAAUCUGUGGUAAAAGCUACCGGCACUCUGGGAGCCUCAUCAAUCACAAAAGGUCACAUCAGGUCGGGAUUUACCAGUGCUCAAUCUGCAGAAAAAGCUAUCCUCACCUGGCGGCCCUCAAAAGUCAUCUUCGUCUCCAUAAAGCUCAGUCUUCUCAAUCUUUCAGCCUCAACGCUGAGGGAGACUGGCUCUCCUCAGAGCCUCUGACUCUGGAUAACCAACAGGGCUGCUUCUCCUCCCAAGACGAGGAGGGGGAUCGCACUCACCCUGUGCUCGGUAUGGAUCAGGAGAAUGGAGUUGACCACAGCAAUGGAGCUUUGUACCAUGAGCAGUUUAAUCAGGACUUUUCCCAGGAUAUGACUGUGCAUCUACCUCACAAUGAACACCUGAUGCAGAGGCACAUGUGUGCAGACUGUGGAGAGACAUUUGCAGAUAUUGCAGGGAUUAAGUCUCACAGUUGCCCACUGCUACAGCAGCAACAUGACACUACUAGCAAUGACUAUGACAGUAAUAUGAAUUUCCAGGACAGCAAUAGCCACUGCGCCAUUGGAAAUCCAGGGAGUAAUGUAGAGUUCCAUGGUCUGAAUGGUAGCCACGACCAAAGUUACUUUGAACAGAACUUCCAUGACAAUAUGAGCAGUGAUCAGCUGAAUAGUGGCGGAGAAGGUGACAACGCAGAUGAGGAGGAGGAUGAUGAUGGAGAUCUGUAUCAGUGCUCUAUAUGUGGAAACAGCUACACCAGCAUGAGGGCUCUCAGGAGUCAUCUCCGAGGACACACACAGUCCCAUGGCACUCCUGCAAGCUCAGGUCCUUCCUCCAUGUCCUCCCAUGAAGAAGUGAAAGAUGAUGAGCCUGGAGAGAUGAUGAUCUGUAGCACAUGUGGGGAAAGUUUUGCCAAUAGGCAAGACUUGAUCGCUCAUCAGCUUCUACACAACAAGGCCCAGGUAGAUAAUGUAAAUAAUUUAGAAAUGAACAACAGUGAUGUGUCUGUAGGAAAGGAGGAAGCACAGAGUAUCAUCUGUGGCAGCUGUGGCAUCUUUUGCACCAGCUACCAUCAUCUUGAGGACCAUGGUUGCACAGCUGUGAAGACAGAUCAGUCAACACAGACUAUGAAAGUAAAUGAUGUUCUCCAGCAUGAAGACAAGAGCCAAGUCAAAGACACUGUUGAUAGCGAAGAUCGUCAGUACAAGUGUGAUCAGUGUGGGCGCUCAUACAGACAUGCUGGUUCCCUCCUUAACCACAAAAAGUCUCACAAAACAGGUGUAUUCAGAUGCCUUGUCUGCCAGAAGCGCUUCUACAACCUGUUGGCCCUUAAAAACCACCAGAGGUCCCACUUUGAUAUUAAAAGGCAUACUUGCCACGAGUGUGGGAAAGCCUUCAAAAUUCAGAAGCAGCUAUUGAAUCACCUGAGAAGGCACAAAGAGAACCAAGCCAAAAUCCAGGAUCUCAACAACCAGAUCCAGGCCCUCAUGCAGAUGAAUGGGACCAAGUCAGAUGGAGGAAUGCAGUCCUUAACCUCAAAUGUCAAUCAGGCUUUUACCUCUUCCCGACGGUGCAAGCAACUGCCUGGAGGAAAGAGAGGACAAACAAAGUGUGAGACCUCAGUCAAAUUGGAAGACACAGGUGAUCAACGGCCUUUUGCCUGUGACCAGUGUGGGCGUACAUAUCGCCACGCAGGAAGUCUGGUCAACCACAGAAACUCCCACAAAACAGGUGAAUAUUACUGCUCCGUUUGUAACAACACUUACUCAAACCAACUAGCAAUGAAAAACCACUUGCGUACCCACUUUGCAUAUAAAAAGCACUCUUGCCAAAACUGUGGAAAAGGCUUCAGGGGAAAGAAGCAGCUAUUAGCCCACAUUUGUGCAGGCCUCAGAAAGGAUGGGGCCGCAGGCAGGAGGGGUCUAAAAUCUAGAGCCUUGAAGUGUAAGGAAUGUAAGCAGGCCUUUCUCUCUGUUGACCAACUGACAGCCCACACCUGUGAUGGACCUUCAGGCAGUAGUGAUGCCCAACCAGAUAUGUCUCCAAAUAAAGAGGAGCGGCCUUUCACCUGCAACAUAUGUAAUCGCAGCUACCGCCAUGCAGGCUCACUCCUGAACCACAAAAAUACCCACAAGACAGGACACUUCAGUUGCAGCUUCUGCUCCAAGCCCUUCACUAACCCCAUGGCUCUUCGCAAUCACACACGCAUCCAUACACAGAAGAAAAAGUAUGUGUGUCUCACAUGUGGAAAAGCUUUCCGCCUCGCCAGUAUCCUGCACAACCACCAGAGGGUCCACAACCGGGUGGCGAGUCACUUCAGCUGUCCUGCAUGUGGAAAGAGCUUCCAGGGCAGGUCCGGCCUGAAGAGGCACCGCUGCCGCAGAGGUCAGGAGAACUCCCCGAGAGCUGGAGUCCAGCAGUCAGAGAGAGGAGACAAGUGCUUCAUGUGUGACCUGUGUGGGCGCUCCUACCGCCACGCUGGCUCUCUACUCAACCAUAAAAAGACGCACUCCGAAAACCUCCACCACUGUACGUUGUGUCUCCAGACAUUUCCUGAUCCUCUCACUCUACAGAUACACACCCAGAUGAGGCGUCACUGCUGCCCCGAGUGCGGCAAGACCUUCUGUCUGGUCGCACACCUGCAGAGCCACAUGGAGGUGCACUCAAAGGACCGGCCCGUGGCGUGCAGCCCCUGCCAGCAGAGCUUUCCCAACACAACCAGCUACCAGCAGCACCAGGAAAUACACCACGGGGCUCAGGACUCCUAUCAGCAAGACGUGGAUGAACCUGUGGAUAACAUCUGCUGGGACUCAGGAAUAAAUCCGACCAUGGGGAUUGACGGGAUGCAAGAGCAGGUUCCUCCACCUUUGUCUCACAUUCCAAGAAGCAUCGCUGAUUCUCAAAAGAGCAGCGAGUCUGCUGGCACAGAGGAGAAGAGCCACGUCUGCGAGCACUGCGGCCGCACUUACCGCCACGCCGGCUCCCUCCUCAACCACAAGAACAGCCACAAGACUGGCUCCUUCUUUUGCUCCGUCUGCCAGAAGGAGUUCACAAACCUGAUGGCUCUCAAGAACCACCGGCGCAUUCACACCGAACCCAAGCGCUACCAGUGUCUGGAGUGCGGUAAGGCGUUCCGUGUGUCCACCCAGCUCAUAUGUCACCGACGAAUCCACACCAAAGAGAAGCCCUUUGCCUGCGUGCUGUGCGACAAGAGCUUUUCCAGCAAAUCCAACCUGCGGCACCAUCAGAAGAUGCACCAGAACACCCAGACCUACGAUUCCUCUUUUAGCAUAGAUGCUAACACCUUUAUGGAUUUGGACAUGGGGUCUUUCCUUUGAAGUGCAGAGCGUACCAGAGAAGAGGACAAGUGGCCCUCUUAUUUAUCUCUUAUUCAUCCCUCUAUCGAUAAUUGUAAAACUUUUUUUUUUUUUCAGAAAAUGCUCCUUGGUCCUGAUGGAAGCUCUUUCUGAAGACAUGCACAUUUCAUUACUGACUUCCAGUCUUACCUCCACAACAGAUGGCGACAUCACUCAAAAGUCUGCAGAGGGUUUUUCGGUCAGCCUUUGAUAUGGCCUGAAUGUUUUCCAAGGAUUCACAGGAUCCUAGAAAUACAGGAGACCCUGGCUGAUGAACAUACUAGUCGCCACUCAUUCCUCAAUGACAAACCAACCAACCAACCAAAGUGAACAGAAAAGUGCAGCCCAGGUCCACGUGAGAACAUUAACUGAUGACAUGUUUUUGUAAGACAGUACUGUUCUAACAGUGAUCUCUCCUCUCUUGCUAUGUAUAAAUGUGUUCAGUGCCUCUGUAAGUUCCUUAGGAAUCAAAAUAUACAAACUAUAUUUAUCUCUGAAUCCUUUUUGUUAUUAGCUUUGCUGUCAGUGUCGAAGGACUGCUCACUUUCCUUUUGGAUUUCACAUAGGGCAAGCCUGUUGUUAUUAAGUCAAAUACCUCUGGGUGUGUCCGAAGGUCAGUGGCAAAGUGAUUGACCAAUCACAUAUUAUCAAGUAAAUAGUCGUACUGCUAAUAAUAAUCACGUUGAGUGACAUUGUAUGCUAAAAAUGGAUGUAUUUAUUAAUUUAUUCCUCUUAUUUUCUGUGCAUAUUUUAUUAGAAAAGCUUUUUAUGAAUGUUGUAAACAAAAUCUGUCUUCUAAAACUCAUGUAGCCUUUAAGGGACGUCAUCAGUUGUUUAUAUUUCCUUAUUAGUUCUCAGUUACAACAGGCAGGAAUGAAUGAGCCAACUGGCAGCACUCAGGGUAAACCUUCAAAAGGAACAUACCUGAUGUGUAAAACAUUGUAGAACAUCAGUUUCUGAACUGAGCAUUUUUCUUUUCACUUGUGCCAUUUCAAACACUUAUAAUUUUGCUCACGUAACGGUAGUCAAAGUCACUCCCAACAGUUAGUUGCAGCUCCACUUGCAGUGCAUGCUGUUGAAUUACGAUCUCUCUUUGAGAAGCAUCAGUUGAAGUGCCAGUGCCUAAAAUGUAAGUCAACUGUAGCAGUUUAAUGUGAACAAACCUCUUGCAGUGCGUGUUAUAUACUGUAAACCACAUGUUUUAUUGUCCAUCAAAUAACUUGAUUUUUAUUUCAAAUCUUCUGAUUUGUGAAUCUCCUCGGCCACAAACGGUGGAAAUGUCUCAAAGCAGUCGAUAACAAAAGUAUUGCAACAGUGAGAUGAAAGUGGUUCUUUUUUUCUCCCCUCACAAAUGCUUUAUAAUGAUAUGAAUCAAAUAUAUUUUCAGACAAACAAAUGUAAGGCCAAAACACCUCAUUUCUGCCAAGCACAAGUAUUACCACUAAUAUUCCAGGGCUUUAUGGAUUAACACGGAACCACUUUCAUCUUCACUUUCAAGUUAAUGAACCACUUUAUGCUUUGUGAAAAAAUGUGCAAUUAUUCUCUUGGUUUGUCUUUAUUUUCUUUUUUUUGCUAUGUUUAAUGUGCCUGUCGUUCUGUAAGUGGUUUAUUUUCAAGUCAUGCAAAAGCGAACUUUUGUUUUCUUUUUUUGAAAAACAAUCUGUAAUUAGAUUUUCUUUAUGCCUUAUACAUCAGAUUUCAUGUAUGAGUAUGUUUGGCACUGGUCAGAAGUACGAAAUACCUCAUGGAACGCCCUGCCUACCUAGCAACCGCUACUUAAUGCCUCAUGCAGCUUAAUUGUAGAGAAUACACUGUAAUCAUAGAGAUAGUUAUCAAUUGUAAGACAAAUAGAGGGGAUGAAGCAUCAGUUUUAAGGUUUUAAGUUGUAGUUUGCAGCUGUUUUCUCCAUAAAAUGGUUGUUUCUCUGCAGUUUGUCAUUUUCAGAGUUAUAUUUGCACAUUUGUAGGUGAGACACUUGUAGCCUAUGGAGGACAGGAAGUCCAUAAUAAUGCAGCCAACCUGUUGUCGACAGGUCAGUCAGCUGCUCGAUCAUCGUUCACCUCAGCUAGUUUGCGGGUUGUAAUAUUUAAGCAAUAUGCUGAAAGUGUUGUUUCAGUGCAUGAACCGAGUACAUCUCAUUUGUUUUGUCUUACCAUUUUAUCGAGCGCAGUGGCAUCAGAUUCAGUAUCAGACACUAGCCUUGAAAAACCGUGACACCUUGCCAUUUUCUUACAUUGUUUAAAAUCAUACAUGUAUUAAUUUUUAUUAUUUAGAUGACCAUACUGUAACUUUUUUUCAUAUGCCAUGGUAGCCUACAUGUGAAACGGCACAUACAUAUUUUAGUUAACCUGUAAAGUUUUCUUUUUGUUUUGUUUUUUUACAGUGUUCUCCAUCUAAUCUCCCUGUGGCACUGAACACGUUCACUCUAUCAUUGGGGUGAGUUAAUCUCAGAGCUCUUUGUAAAUAUCUGAAGAGAAAUAUCGGUCAGAUCGAUGUACAGUCAGACUUUCCUCAGCAGGAGAAAACUACUAGAUUAGCUAUUGUGUAAUUAAAAAAAGCAUAUACCACAUGUUCUGAUUUUCAGUGCUCCAAAUUGUCUGCUCACUAUUUAAUUCAUAUUUAUAUAACUAUUUUGUCACUCUGAAACGUAGAUUUUUACUUCUUUGUUAGAACUUAGUUUAGAAUAUAAGCAAAUUAUUGAAAAUAAAACUAGUUGAAAUUAAUUAAAAGCCUCGGAAAAUA